GGAAGUGAAUUAUACAAAGCUCAAAUAAACAUUUGCAUGUCCAUUCGUGUGAGAAAAUGAAUUAUAGCCGUUAGAUGUGGCUUCUCGAGUUCUUUCAAAAGUCUACUGAAAUUUCAUUAAUCGAGAAGAUAACAAGAUAGGUAAUAAUUGAAGAAAUGAAAGUGACAGUGAUCCCUGGCAACACUGAAAACAAUUGUCAAUUCAACAAUUUUUGCAAUUUGUCAAUGCACAGGUUCUGCGAUUUGCGGUUUGCAUUCUUCAAAUCUGCAUAAUUUUUGCGAUUACAGUAUUAAUUCAGUUUCUACUAAGGAAUUCAUGUGGAAAACUGAAAAAUAGACGUAAAAUGCAACCACCAACCAUGUUACCUAAGCUUUCAGAUACAACUCAGACGAUAGCAUUUGCUGAAGGAGAUGGUAUGAGCUGUAUAGAAGUUUACUCUUCGGAUGUGGUCGUGACUAUCAACACCGGUAACCAUGAUCAUGGUAGCUCAAAAGUGAAGUUGAAGAAUCUUGUAGAUUAUAACUGGGAGCCCAAGUUUUAUCCUGGGCAGCUUCUAGCCAUUCACAUCAGUGGAAAGUACCUGGCAUACUCUAUUAAAGCUCCUAAUACAGCUAACCCAGGUACUUGCAGUGGUAUGGUUAGAGUUGUGUACAACCUUGAACCAGGAACUGAUCGUCGUGCUCUCAUCAAGGGAAUGAAGGGGGAGGUCCAAGACUUAUCAUUUGCCCAUAUUCAAAACGAGAUAGUAUUGGCUUGCAUCGAUGAACAGGGCAACUUUUAUGUUCAUGAGAUUGAAGCAACUGACAGUGGACUGAGAUGUACACUAAUCGCUGAGAUUCGUGAAGAUACAGGUAUUGUGGGAUCAUUCCACAGAGUUGUGUGGUGCCCUUAUAUACCCGAUGAAGAAGACGAUGACCCUGAUGAAGAUGUGGAUAGACUUCUGCUGACGACUCAUGCUAAUACUGCCCGCAUCUGGAACAUGCGCGUGAUCGCGAGGGCCGUGGCGGGCACGGAGGGGGUGGGGGGCGCGGGUGCGCUGGCGGGCGGCGCGGGCACGCUGUCCGCGGGCGGGCACGCCGCCGACCUGGUGGACGCCGCCUUCUCGCCCGACGGCACCGCGCUCGCCACCGCCGCCGCCGACGGAUACGUCAUGUUCUUUCAGGUGUGCAUGCAGAACCGGAGCCCCCGCUGCCUGCACAAGUGGCAGCCGCACGACGGGAAGCCCCUCAGCUGUCUCUUCUUCCUCGACAACCACAACAACUACAACUCUGAUGUUCAGUUCUGGAAGUUUGCCGUGACCGGCGCGGACAACAACACCUGCAUCAAGAUAUGGUCGUGCAAGUCCUGGAACUGCCUGCAGACCAUCUCGUUCGCUCCUGAAGUGCCCAACGAGAGCAGUCUCGGUUUGAAGGUGAUGCUGGACAGGAGCGCGCGGUUCCUGGUGGUGUCAGCGGCGAGCGGCCGCGCGCUGUACGUGCUGGGCGUGGCGCGCGACGCGGCCGACACGCACGCACACUGCACCGCGCUCGCGCACUUCCUGCUGCCCUUCCCCGUGCUCAGCUUCUGCAUCGCCGACGCGGAAGAACAGACCGCGAAGUGCGAGUCCAGCUGCUCCGACCCGUUCCACCGCAGCGAGUCCGCCGACCCCGCCGGGCCCUCGCCCGACGACUUCGACCUCCAGCCGGACGUGGCGGACUCGGGCUCGGAGUGCGGGUGCGUCGGGCGGGCCGCCUUGCGCCUCUACGUGGUGCAGCCCAAGGGCCUGCAGGAAGGGCGGCUGGCCUUCGCACUGCCUGCAGGCGGCGCGCCCGAGGAGCAGGGCGGCGAGGCCGGGCCGGCGGCCGUGCCCUCCAGCAUCCUGCAGCAGCAGAGCCAGCAACUCAAGAACCUGCUCAUGAGGUCACAGGUACACAACGAACAGACAGAUACGCAGCCCGGGAGCCUCAUCGGUCAGAGGGCGGAGUCUCCGCCGAUCCCUCCGCAGCUCAACCUCAUGACGCCCGACGCGUUCAGCUCGCCGGGCAAGAGGGAGGAAGAGGAUCCGCCGCUGUCGGCCACGCCUGACGUCAGCGCCAAGCCGCGCGGCUCCGUCGGAGGGGACGCCGACCGCGCCAAGGGAGCCGAGGGCGCGGGCAAGCCCACCUCGGGGGGGUCCAGUCCCAGCCGGGAGGUGCAGGAGAUCAUGGCGCACAAUGACGACGCCUUCUUCGCCGACAACCUGGAGGAGGAGUCGCCGGCGCCGCCCGCCGCCGCCCGCCAGCCGGAGCCCUUCCCGGACAAGCCGCCGCCGCCGCCGCUCGCGCUCCCGCACUCCAACGGCGACACCUCGUGGCCGCAGAUAUCCAUAGCGCAGAUAACGGAAGCGAACCAACGCAAGGCGUCCAGCGACAAGUCGGGCGCGCAGAGCCAGCCGCUCGGCGCCGCGUGCGACGCGCGACUCGACCUGCUCGAGCACAAACUGGACAAAAUCACAGAGUUGCUGCAGCAGCAGGGUCGCGAGCUGCGGGCCCUGCGCGGCGCCACGUGGUGUCCGCGGACCGCACUGGACGAAGCGCUGCAGGCACACGCACAGGCCUUAGAUAAUGCUGUCACACUAGGGUGGGAGCGCAUGUCGGCGGCGGGCGAGGCUGCGGGCGCGGCGGCGGGCGCGGGCGCGGCGCAGGCGGCGGGCGCGGGGGCGGCGCGCGCGCUGGAGCCGCUGGUGGCCGCGCUGCAGCACGAGCUCGCCGCCAAGCUCACCGCCACCGACCAGCUGCUCAGGGACAACAUCGACAAACUAGUCAACAGCAAGGCGGUGUCGGAGCGGCUGAGCUCGUCCAUAGCGCGCUGCGUGUCGGAGCAGGUCCGCGAGUCCUUCCGCGCGUCGGUGACGGACAGCCUGCUGCCCGCCAUGGAGCGCGCGCACGCACAGAUCUUCCGACAAGUCAACAACGCCUUCCAGAACGGGACUAAAGAGUUCGCAGCUCACACGGAGGCCGCAGCCCGCGCGGCGGCGGAGCGCGGCGGGGCGGCGGCCUGCACCGCGCUGCGGGCCGCGCUGGACCGGCACGCCGAUACGCUGGCGCAGCACCCGCGCCUGCUGCUGCAGCACGCCACGCAGGCCGUGCGGGACGCGGCGCACAGCGUGCUGGAGAAGGAGCUGCUGUGGUGGCGCGAGCAGGCCCGCUCGGCGUCGCUGACGUCACGCGCGCACUCGCCGCACACGCCGCACGCGCACAACCCGCUCGACCGACAGAUGCAAAUAUCUCAAGUGCAAAACAUGAUCUCAUCGGGUGACGUGAACGGCGCCUUCCAGCUGGCCUUGUCCGCCUCGGACCUGUCCCUCGUGGUCACAGCCUGCAGGUCGGCCGAGCCUUCACUGGUGUUCGGGCCCCCCUGUCAGCUCAAGCAGCACGUACUGCUAUCAUUAGUUCAGCAACUGGCCGCCGAUAUGUCCAAGGACACGCAGCUCAAGCACAGGUAUCUAGAGGAAGCAGUAAUGAACCUGGAUACGUCUAGUCCUGUGACCCGUGAGCAUCUGCCAGGAGUCGUAGCUGAACUGCAGCAGCAAGUGUCGGCCUUCGUGACCGCCUCGCCCUCGCACCCGCUGGCUCGCAGACUGCGCAUGUUGCUGCUGGCCUCUGAUGCUCUGCUCAAGGCCACGGUGUGAACCGCAUGCUGUUCUUCCAUCAGCAACAACUCGACUCAGUGAUACAGUUGUAGUGGUGUGUGAACACGUGAUGUGGGGUUACCCAAGUGCGGGGAGUGCUGAACAUUUGUGAUAGUUAAGUGUUUAAAGCUUGUGGAAAGUUUGCUGAAAUUAGCGUAAGUUGUAAUGUGCUAGUUGGAUUUACAAUUUUUAUAUAAAAGAUUUUCCCGAGGACCUGCUAAAACUCCUUCUUGAGGUCUCCUCUUAUUGCGCUGUAAAGGUCUAUUCAUCAUUUUUAAGACUUAUUUUAUGGUGGACUCCAAAUCAUUCAGAAACAAUAUUCGAGAAAACUGUUUUAUUUUCAUGUAAAUGUCUAAAUCAAUCUUAAUCUUUGGUAUCCAAUGUUUAUCUUACAUAGUAAAUUAAAUUGCUUACAAACACAUCUCACAACUCCCUUCAAACAUUUUAAUUGUGAAAUUUAUAAUUGCAGUCCAAACUAAAAGUGAAAGUAAUUAAAUAAAGGUUCUACUAGUUGAUACACUAUGUUUGCCGACAUACAAUAUGGAAUCCUCAUGAGCCUAAUUCUGGUAUAAAUUAGAAUACGUUCUGAAGAAUGUUCAGCAAUCGAGACAGUUGCUUAUCAAGCGGUGAAUGGCGGAAUAAGUGUUUUUCUAACUAUAACAUUUAGUUACAGCUUAAUGUCGAGGUUGUGAGAUUAAACUCUCAUCUGCUUUAAAACAAACUCUAAAUAUAUAUAUUAUGAGUACAAGUACAUUAUUGACCAAAAUCUGAAUCACACUAUUGGAAUUUCCAAGAUAAGCUUCUGAAAAUAUAAAUUCCGAACAAUAGCAUUCUGACCAUCAGUCUACCUACUGAGUAAAUGAUACGCUCUCGGAUUUCCCCCUUGUAUACUGACUAAGACAGUAUUUCAAUUUACUAAUUCUACUUUAUUAGUACAUUUUGAUGGAGACUAAUAAAAUCAUACCGGGCAACUACCCAUAAAGUAAUCUUCCAUUUUGAAAUAUACAUCUCUUUCAUUUUUAUCAUGUGUUCAUUACUUUUAUAUAUUAAUGACAUUCCUCAUAUUAUUGUUUUGCUUUUCGAAGAUUCUAUAAAUAAAUUCGUAUAUUUUAUAAAAAAUAUAAAAUGCGCAUUAUAUUAUAUUCUUUGUCAUGUUCAAUUGGUAAUCAGGUUUAAAAAAAUUAGCUUAUCACCGCUUCUGAUAUUGAUUGGUGCAACUUUAAUUUUAACUAACACAAGGAGUUUACAUUGAUCCUCUUGAUAAUCGUACCAUAAUUAUUGAAUUCUGUCAAAAUCUCAUAAAAUAUUUAUGGUACACGAAAAGGUACCCUUAUAUUCAUCAUCAAUCUUUUUUUAUCUCUGUUAUCAGUCUUAGUUCCCGUUCUCAUGGUAAUUAUGAAAAAAAUAUAUUAAUAAAUGAAUAGUUAUUAUAAAUACUCCUAUAAAGUGUCGGAACUGAGUUAAUGUUACUGUAAUGUUUAUAUGAGUAUACACAUAUUAUGUCAUAAUUAUAAUUUUUGUUGAUUAAUUAAUGUUGUUGUGUUUUAAAUUAAGUUUCUUCUAAUUUAAAAGUAAAUUGAGGCCCAAAACCUUUAAAGUAUAACGUACAUGUUCGUAAAAGUUGAAAUGCAAACUGUAAGAAGAACAAUUCUCUAUUUGUAACUGAUUGAAUGUACGAAAUACGAAAGUUUAGACAUAAAGAAAGAUUUUAUUUUAUUUUAUAACCAAAUCAUCAGUUCGUUUAAGUUUCGUUAGCAACUUAUCUUGUGUUUGUGUUGCCAGAAUUACUUUAACCUAAAAACAAAAAUAUGUUCUGUUUUUCAUAUAUAUAUAUAUAUUACAUUAAUAAUAGUGAUUGUUAAAAGAAAAAUGAAUGAUAGAUAUGUUUUGUAAUGUAAGUUAAGAAGACACAUUGAUGCUGUACGGUGACUACAUAUUAUAUUAUCUUUAAAAUAAUAUAAAACUAAAAUUAAUAGAAUGACUAAAUAUUAAAGGUCAAAUAAAUUCAAUUAGGAAAAAGCAGUUGAUUCUACUCUUUAAAGAUUAAAAAGUGAUGGUGGCAUUUGAUGUAAUAUGAUAAAAAUAGCAAACUGAGAAAUGUAAAAUGGAAUUAAAUGUACAAUUUCGCGAAUUCCUACUAUUCGAUAUUUAAUGUUUAGUAACAUAUUUAAUCUAUAUUAUCAGAAUAUAUAAAAAAUAAAUAGCAAACUACGCAUAUUUUUGUAAUAAGAAAAUUGUAUAGCCCUUGUUGCCUCUGGUAGUGUAAAAUAAUUAUUUACUGAAGUCUUAAAUUUAAGUCGUUUCAUAUAGAAAGCAGCAUUACAUCUCAGAAUACAUCACAUGCCUCCCACAUUAAAAAAAACUAUUGUCUUUUAUUUAUGAUUGUAAGUGAUUUGUUAAUGAUUGUAGUGAAGCCCACAUGCCACUCACAUAUCAUAUUUUUGUAUCUCAUUUAUAACUAGUGUUAGGAUAUUUUCAUAGACAUUAGAAAUCAUAUGUGGUUCAUAUUAAAAAAAAACUGCUUUGCUCUCGUAAUUAUUUAUAUAUGAAAAAAAUAACAAAAUAACUAAGAUACCAUGAAAACUAUUUUUGAAAUGACCGUCUAAGUCGUAACCUUAAUUAAUAAUGUUAUGAAAUGAUAUUCGGUACAGAGUUCUCACAUGUUUUUAAAUUACAAAUAAUAAGAAAAUUAUAAAUUUGGAAUUUUUUAUUCUAGUUUUUAGUUUCACUUGUAAAGCCUGUGAAAAUUUAAAAGAUUUUUUAAUAUUAUGUUUUCUAAACUUAAAUAGAAAUGAAAUUCUUUGAGUACCAAUGAAAGGAUUAACUCACAUCUCGCUGGAUUUUCAAGCUAUGAACAACCAAGAAUAUAUUGGUUGCAAUUGGCUAUAGUUGUCUUAAGUUAUUACUUGAAAUUUGCCGUUCGUGAACAUUAGCCGAGUAUCAAAUCUUAACUACUCGACUUAGACAAUAAGGUUGCUUUUUCUUUAGUGCUUUGCCUACAGUAUUUAUAUAAAACCGCCUAAAGGUUAUGUUUUUCUAGUGAUCUGUUUAUCUCUUGUAGAAUAAUACUUAAUGAACUUGUUUUAGUUCAGUUUGUAGGAAAACAACUAAAACAAGCUUAGUUUGAUAUCUCCUGGUCGUAAUUGUGAUUUCAGCAAUAAAAUUAUUUUUUCAAUUAAUAAAUAUGAAUACUUAAACGAA